GCAGCAAUAUUAUGUCUUAUGUCCCCCGUCAGAGAUUCCAAACGGAUGAAACACAUAACGGCCACUUGUUUCCCCGGAAGUCCAAAAACCAGAGCCCAACUAACUGAGAGCUGAAAAAGCAUGGCUACACCUACAUGGCUCUCGCUUCCCGCCACUCCAACCUCAUUCGCUCCCUACAACUCGAAUUCCGCCAGGUCCCCCACCGUGACUCGCUUCUCCCUAACGGAUCGAUCCCUAACCGCCAAGGACAACCUCCUCCGUCUCAUCUCCGAUCAGGACCGUGGCCUGAGGACUCAAUCCGACUCCCAAAAGCUCUCCCAGAUAGUCUCCGCGAUUGACGACGUCGCCGCUGCCGGUCGCGACACCGUUACCACCGGCACCUCCCUCUCCGCCACGUGGCGGCUGCUUUGGACCACCGAGAAGGAGCAGCUCUUCAUCAUUAAGAACGCGCCGUUUUUUGGUACUCGAGCGGGCGAUGUUCUGCAGGUCAUCGAUGUCGAGAAUAUGACUCUCAAUAAUGUCAUCACUUUCCCUCCCGAUGGCGUCUUUUUUGUUCGGUCCAACAUCGAAGUUGCUUCCUCGCAGCGAGUUAAUUUCAGUAUGAAUUACAUUGUGACACGGAGGGAUGCAAUCAAACAAGAAUAUGACAGAACCAUAUAAUUGAAUGGUUGGAGGUUUAGCAUCAUGCUGAUUCAUGCUUGGUGAUUUUCGUUUCUUCUGAGUUCUGAACUACACCAUAAACUGGACAGCAUUGUCUCUACCUGCUAAAGUAUACCAACAACAAAGAGUUUCCAACUCAAGUUGUCAAUCCUUCUGGUUUUGUUGAAGGUGGUGCUUCUGAUAUCCAGACAACCAGUCAAGUGGCAUCAUAAAUUCAUAAUUACUUGUUUUGCACAGUUAUUGACUCAAGGAUCGUGGAUUGAUAUGGCUAGUGAUUCACAAAGAAUACUGAUUGUGGCCAGGAUCAAAUUUAUGUGGAGGGCAUGAUGUAUUGCACUCUCAGAUAUCCUACUCGUCUCCCACUCUAUAGUUGUUAUGUACUACUACCCUCGCACAAACUGAACUUCUUAGUUUAACUUGAUGCAAUUAAUGUAGAGAAUAAAAAAAAUUGUGCACUGUGUAUCAAUUCAUAUAGUCGGAA